AUGCUCCCCCCUCCAGACCUUUCUCCUAAGGAGCCGGUCAAUGGCGAGAAGAAGCGUAAGCGAGGGGCAACCCGUCUUUCCUGUGCAGAGUGUCGCAGAUUGAAGUUGCGCUGCGACCGUGCCGUCCCCUGCUCAUCCUGCGUCAAGCGAGGUUGUGCUGCAAUAUGCCCAGACGGCUCUCUCACCACUGGCAAGGGCAAUCGCGCACCCAGAUUCGUCCUUGCCUCGACCCAGGACCUCCACGAGAAGAUUAAUCAGCUCGCAAACCGCGUACGAGAGCUCGAAGACGCUCUUCGCGCAUCCCAUACCCUUCAUUCCAUGGAGCCGCAUCCCCUCCUGUCCGACGACCUCUUGCGAAUCAAGGCACCUAUCCAAAGGGAGAACCUCAUCAAUACCGGUACCUCCAAUGGCAAUGCGGAGGAACCAGGAGCCGACGUCGUCGAUUCUUUCGGUUCUCUAGCUAUAAGUGAUACUGGCCGCACCAACUAUUUCGGCCAAGCUACUAGCUCGUGGAACGAGGAGAACAAUGAUGACGAUCGCGAUCAACGAUCAGCCAACCUGCGCAAACUGCUUUCUCCGGAGGUCCUCUCCCUCAGUGGCCUUUUCCCUAUCGCACCUAGCCUUCCGCUCACCCUAGACGCUGAAACUUUGCGGAUAGAGCGGCUACGUAGCUUAUUUUGGUAUUUACCCCCAGUCGACGAAGCCACUGAGUUGCAGAAAAUCUACUACCAACACGCCGCGUGGAUGUACAACCCAGUAUCGCCGGCUCAGUUCCAUGAAACAGCUUUCAAUCAAUUCUACAAUCCCAAUAUUUCCCCACAGAUGGACGAUCCGCUCAUGUCCCAUCAGUUGGCGCUUUUAUUCAUGGUGCUCGCUAUCGGGAGCCUGAUGGACAUCAAGCGACCGGCGUACAACAUUGAAGCCGAGAAAUACCACCAGCUUUCCCGAGCAGCGCUUUUCCAGAGCCCCAUAUUCGAAGAGCCAACUCUCGCUGCGGUUCAAACUUUGUAUUUGAUGGCGUUCUAUCUUUUCUUGAGUGAGCGUCACGGGAGCGGUGUCGGCUCGCGCUGGGCUUUCAUGGGUCUCGCGGUCAAGUUAGGUGUUAGCGUGAACCGGGAUGCUGGUAGGUGGAAGGUCGACGAAGCUGAGAUUCAGAGGCGCCGGGAGAGCUUCUGGGAACUGUAUUCAUAUGAUCUCCUCCAGUCGUUCACCCUCGGACGUCCGCCGUCCUUCACGCUAGUUCAUAUCGAUUGCAAAAAACCGUAUACAGAGGAUCCUUGUAACGACGAGACAUUCCACUGGUGGAAGCACAGGUUCACGUCAGAGUGUAUGAAUCUCGUAUAUGACCAGGCUUUCGGGGCGAAGACUCCAACAUAUGGCACGGUUCUCCAGCUCGACCGCAAGCUGCGCGGUUUCACCGUGCCUCCCUCGCUUCAAAUUGCUGGGUUUGGUAACUCCGAGUCUCGUGUUGGGCAAUACUACGAGAGUGUGCCUCUUAUCCUACAGCGUCACCUCGUCCUUGCGAUCCGGGAAUCCAACCUCUUGUACAUGCAUCGCGGCUUCUUUGCUCGGGCAAUCAGUGAUCAUCCCAAGGAUCCUCUCGGAAGCCCGUACGGAGGUUCUUUCAUUGCCGCCUAUAGGAGCGCUGGGUCACUCGUUGCCCUCGUGCGCAACAUUCAUUCACAGCUGAAGGAGCUCACCGAGCGAAUGUGGUUCCUCUGGACGCAUCUCUUCUCAUGUUCGAUCAUCUUGGGGUCCAUUGUCACUCGGUGCCCGUCGAUGAGCUUGGCGCCUUCUGCUCUCAUACAAUUGGAUUCAGCUUGCGACCUGUUCUCCAAGACAGCCAAGUUCUUCCACGCAGAGAAGGUGCUGGGAAUCAUGCUCAGACUUCACGACAAGGCCCACGCUAGUCUAGCUGCCUAUCGCAACACGCCGCCUACGCGGGCGGGCACAUUCUCCGAACCAUCAACGCCUGCGGACGAUGACGACGAGCUCACCAUUCUCGGAGGCAGAACACGAUUGGUCGAGCAGAAGGAGAAGUCGAUGUCUCCGCAGAUCACGGAUCGAUCGCCUACAUCCAUGAAUCCAGUCGUGCCCCUGCCCCUCAAGCAACCAGACGAACAGUCCGUCCACCCAUACGUCCUUCAGUACCUACGCACUUUUGUUCCUUCCCCACCGAACGGAACAUCAUCUCUUGGCGCCGGGUCCAGCCACUCUCUCUCAUCGCAGCCGGCGGGAAUACAGAAUGGCGUCCCGGUCUCGCCCACCCACUACCAACCACAUCAGACCCACAACAUGCAAAAUUUGCAGCCGAUAUCAACGUCCUUUGCUAGCCCUGACGCGUUCCAGCAUCAGCAGCAGCCCCAGCAACAACAGCAGUUGCCUGGCCUGCAGAUGGAGGGCCUACAGCCGAUGUUUCCGCAGUACUUCCCUGUGUUCGACUACGGGCAUGUGGGUGGUGGAGGGGCUUCGGAAAUGUUUGCGACGUCGCCAGUGCCCAUGGAUGGCGACUAUGGUGGUGGGAGGUCGUAUUCCCCCGAGAACACGAUGCAGACGGCAUGGUCAGACUUCGUGGCGCAGAUGGGGAUGCAAUGA